AUGAAUAUCUUGGGAUUAUAUAAGAUUAGAGAAUCGUCUGAAAAGAAGAACAAACCAUCCCAGUCACAAUACAAAGGUUUCUUGGCAUUUAUAUCCAUGGCACUUCCAAUGCUUAUAUACUAUAUAUUCAAGGAACAUGAGUUUGAUGGAAAUCCCCUCCUCAAAUUUCUCACAGUGCUUCCUCCUCUUUCAUAUUCAGCAGUUGAAUAUUUCACCCUGUUUCGCGAUAAUUGGUAUUCUGAUUGGAAGUCAUUGACUAUUCUACAAAGGAUGUUUUAUUUUAUUUUCAACAUUCUUUUUGCCAUGUUCUCGAUUGUAUCUAUCUUUUCAGCCAUUAUAUUUCCGUUCGCUGAGUGGGAUGAUAAUGACGGAGUCCUGGCCAAUUCUGUUUUUCUCCCCUCCCUGUUUGUCCCACUUCCAUACCUGUUGUGCACUUCUUGCAGUCUUACUCCAGAGUUGAUUUCAUUUAUCGACACCGGUACUACUAUUUGCAUCGAUCUAGUUAUAUUAUCACUUUCUAUAGUAUCCCUGAUACUCUUGUCUAAAGGACCAGAACACUAUAUUUAUAUUCCCACAUCUUCUCUCAUUUUUAUUUUGGUCAGAUCUCUGAAGGAGUACAUCUUUCCAUCUUCAAAAUACUUGGAAUAUAUCAUUACAUGGAGGACCCUUAUCUUUAUCGUAAUUUUCCUUACUAAUGUAUUUAUCUAUGUCUCAGUAGGCUUGAGUAUCUCCACCCCAUCAAGAAUAGAAGCUUUUUUGGGAUCCAAGUCGUAG